AAGAGCAAGUCGCAGAAUCCCUUAUAAAGUUUUUUCUUUCCACUUUCAAGGGUGUAUGACACUAGGAAGAAGCAGUCUGUGAUGAUAAGAGUCUGAGGCUGAAUUACACCCACUUUAGGUCUCUCAUUAGUGAGCUGCUGGCAUGAAUGCGGAGCUGUGUUGUACAUUGAGAUGACUGUGACAGCAUGCUGAGAUGAUGAGUGUCUGAGAACUGUCACACCUGUAGCUGCAGUGCAGACAGAAGAGUGGAGGAACCUGCAGAGAGUACAGGUCCAUGUGAGCAGAGAGGCAGGUGCUCCUCUCCAUGCGCAUCUGCUAGUACAGCUCAUCAUUCACAAGGAGUGAGAUGGUAUCUCCAGCACUGAUUCUGUGCAUUCAGCACCAGCAGCAAUAAUCAGGUAAGGUGGGGUAUCUGGCUACACGUGUUGUCUGAGCAUGCAGAGGUCAGCCUCACCUACCUCCUGGUCAGUCUGGCUCUUCUGCUCCCUGCUGCUGUCUCUGGCACAGGGGACACUGGUGGAAAGUAGCAGAAGAGCCGGCAUGGACAGUGGCUUCUUGUACCGGCGCCUGAAGAACCACGAGAAGAGGGAGAUGCAGAAGGAGAUCCUGUCCGUCCUGGGAUUGCCCCACAGACCGAGGCCAAUGCAUGGACUUACCCCUGCUCAACAGUACCACCCUGGGAAACUUAACUCUGCUCCCCUCUUUAUGCUGGACCUGUAUAAUUCCAUGUCUGGCCAGGAACAGGGAAUGGAUAGCAAAGGUUGGUCACACAGGACCACUCAUCACAGCCACCAGGUGAAGGGCCUCCUGAACACCCCUCUGGCAAGCGAGCAGGACAGUGCCUUCCUCACGGAUGCUGACAUGGUCAUGAGCUUUGUCAACCUGGGGCUCUUGGAGAUCACUGGUACGAUGGCAGGAAAAGAUAAUAGCUAUACCACAUCUUUAGCUAGUGUGAUCACAGGCGUGGAAGUUGAAUAUGACAAGGAGCUGUCACCUCGUCUAAGACAUCAUAAAGAAUUCAAAUUUAAUUUAUCCCAGAUACCUGAGGGAGAAGCAGUGACAGCUGCUGAAUUCCGCAUAUACAAGGACUGUGUACUGGGCAGCUUUGAGAACCAGACUUUUUUAAUCAGUAUAUAUCAAGUCUUAACACAGCACAAAAACAGGGACUCUGAUUUUUUUCUGUUGGAUACCCAGACAGUUUGGGCUUCUGAAGAAGGAUGGCUGGAGUUUGACAUUACUGCAACAAGCAAUUUAUGGGUAAUGAAUCCACAACACAAUCUUGGACUACAACUGUGUGUGGAAACCAGAGAUGGUCAGAAUAUAAACACAAGAGCUGCAGGUUUGGUUGGCAGAGACGGUCCAUAUGACAAGCAGCCGUUCAUGGUUGCUUUUUUUAAAGCAAGCGAGGUUCACCUGAGGACAGCAAGAUCUGCAACAAGUAAACGCAAGAACCCAAAUCGUAACCGCUAUUCUCAAUCACAAGAUGUAUCAAGAGUAUCCAGUGUGAUAGAUUACAACAGCAGUGACCUUAAAACAGCAUGUCGGAAACACGAGCUCUAUGUUAGUUUUCAAGACUUGGGAUGGCAGGACUGGAUAAUAGCACCAAAAGGCUAUUCUGCAAAUUACUGUGGCGGAGAAUGCUCAUUCCCACUCAAUGCCCAUAUGAAUGCCACAAACCACGCUAUUGUGCAGACUCUGGUCCACCUUAUGAAUCCCGAAUACGUCCCGAAGCCAUGCUGUGCUCCAACCAAGCUAAACGCCAUCUCAGUGCUUUAUUUUGAUGACAACUCCAAUGUCAUACUGAAGAAAUACAGGAACAUGGUGGUGAGAGCAUGUGGCUGUCACUGAGUGCCAAUCUCCAGAGAGGUUAGAAGAAAAAGGAGUGAGGACCAUCCAACACAAGCACUCUCAUUUCAUUACGCAUUGCUAACAAUGACUGAAAAAUUCAGCAGGAAGAUGGGCAAUACUAAUAGAGGUCAGCUAUGUGUAUUACAUGUACUCACACUGUGCACACGGGAUGGUCCUUUAACUGCAAGAUGAACAAGAGUGAAAUGGAAUCUUCCAAAAUGAAAUGUUGCUAAUUCAUUAUUAGUUAGCUUGGAUCAAGCUGUGUUUCUAUUAAAAUAAUAUUUAUAUAUAUGA